GAAAGAAACGAUUGUGAACGACAUCUUUACAGAAAGGGGAAGACCGUCAAACACACAACAAAAAUUUAUUUAAUUAUGCCGCGACAACUUUGGGGAAAACUAAAAGAAACAUCGGUGAAGGAAAAUGAACCCGAAAAAAUGGUGCCUGUAGCAGCAAAACGCACAAAACUCGAAGAAAUGCAGGAGAAACUGCCAUCCAGCACAAACAAAAGGGUGGAACUGCAGGUGAAAAAUCCCUUGGUGACACAAACAAUAGAAGUUAUGAAGCAAACUGAAAUGUUGCAAUCUCUUAUUGACACCUAUUCGAACAAAUCGGGCACAUCGAAUUACUUGCUAAAUCCUUGUCAAAUGAUACCUGAGGUUGACUUCCCACCUGAAAAUGCUGCAGAUUUUAUCAAUGAUGAUAAAUUUGCUAAGCCCAUAUGGUUUAUACCGCCAAUUGAAAGCAAUUUCGCGCGCGGUGUACCACAGGCCUAUCCUCAAAUCAACCCGAAAAUAUGCCGCGCUGCUUUACGAAAGGCAGUUUGUGGUCAACUUCGUGUAUGUGGUUUCACAGAUAUUUCCGAAUCGGCAUUAGUGUUAUUCGCCGAUGCAGCGCAGGAAUUUAUGCGUAACUUUAUGGAACGGAUUCGCGAAGUACACGCCAACAAUCCACAGCUUGAAAUGGAGAAUGAAGUUGAAGUGAAAAGCCUGGAAAAGGCAUACUAUUCCUUAACAAAUGCGUCGUUAACAAAUGUGCAUAACUAUUUUAAACAUCAAUUGGUCGCACGAAAUCGUAGUGAAAUUGCAGAAUUCAAUGGUGUACUUCAGGAGUAUGAUAAACUAAUGAAGGAGAGCCAAAGUAUGCAAAAGGAAGAAUUUCAAGAAGGCGAUUUCCUUAAUAUACUUGAAAUGCCAACAUCUAAUGAUCCUAAUGUCGGCGUGUUGAGUAGCGGUAUGCAGGAUAUACCCAAUUCAACAGGUGUUAGUGCACAAAGUGGCGUUGGAGUGCUAAGCAUGCUCGAGGGUCAGUCACACGUGUCUGUACAGCACACAGGAUAUACUGGUAGCACAAUGGAUUUGUAAAUAGCCAUUAUUAGUCAUUUAAAGU